AUGCAAGAGUGCGGGUAUUACCCGGGUAUACCCGGAUUUUUGCAGGUAAAAACCGGGUAUUUUGCCAAUUUCGCCGAUUUCGCCGCAAAAAAUGCACUCGGGCUCGCUUUGGUUUCCGCCGACUUCCGUGGCGAGGAUGGAGCCAUCUACGCAAUGCUCCACCACUGCGGCCUCGCGGUCAACGCCCAAUUCGAGGCGUGUGCCUUCCUGCUCGACUCGCCGCCCGACCUGAAGGUGCGGGGCACUUUCGUCACCGACGUCUGGCUCCGCAUGGUGUCUGAGCUGAGCGGCUCCCUAGUCCGCGUCGAGUUCACUCCAAACGUCCGCCUCGCAUUCCCGAAGAGCGACGUCCGGUCGCAAGCUGCCACCGUCUACCUUGCGGACGGCAAGGCAAAAGGCCUUCGGCCAGGGGAGUCGCUCACCGUAGAGGACAUCUCCAUCUCUGUGGCCAACACAACCACCACCUCCCGGAACGGUCACGUCGCCGUCGCCGAGGUGCUGCGCGUGCGCACGGCCGGCUGGGCGAUCAACGCGACCGCGCGCCUCAUCUGGCGCUCCGUCGUCCGUGGCAAGAGGCAGGUCGACCUCUCGUUCGCGCCUCUGCGCGAUCCGCUCGCGCCGCAGCCCAAGACGCAGACAGUCGUUGCGCCACACGGCCUCGUCGGCCAGUCGUUCGACGGCGACAAUAUCGCAGACCACUACCGCGAGCUGUGGUGGCGGCAGUCCUCCUUCAAGGCCAAGGAGAUCACAACGGAAGCCCAAGCCGAGGGCGCCAUCGAGGGCUCGGGCGAUGAUUACAAGGUUGUCGACGCGUUCGGCGUCGACUUUAAGUACCGCCGUUUCGACGCCAGGGAGGCGGCGCCACGGAACGCCGACUUGCUCGCGGGCACCAAGCGCGUGGCGGCGGGGACGAUGUUCAUGAAAGCUAAGGCUGGAGCUGAGGCAGCCGCUCGACCGCGCUUCUAA